AUGCCCGACGUGCCGGGCAAGUUCGACCCGCUGGCGGCCGCAAGCCUCGGGGUCCCGAAGGGGCCGCUUUUUGGCCGGCUGCAGCGCGGCGAAACCAUCACCCUGGACAAUGGGGCCACGGUCAGCCCGGGGCAGUGCAUCGGCCAGCCCCGGCGCGGGGGGGCCAUGCUGGUGCUCGACACGCCGGACCGGGCCACGGGCGACGCGGCCGGCGCGGCCCUCCGGUGCUGGCUGGCCGGGCAGCGGCGCCGGGCGGUGCCCUCGGCCGAGCCGGUCCCCCUGGACGAGGCCACCCUCCAGCGGCAGGGCUUCCGCACGCUGGCCAGCCAUGGGCACCUGGCGGCCGAGUGGCUGACGGCCGACGUCCGGACGGUGGUCCUGCUGGGGGGCCACCUGCCGCCCGGGCUGGACCGGGCCCUUCGUGACCCCGGGCCCCGGGGGCAUGGCGGCCCGGUGGAUGGGCCGCUGGGCCGCUGGCUGGUCGGCGAGCUGGGCGUCGCGCUGCCGGGGAUGCCCCUUGGCCCGGGGCAUUCGGCCCGGGCGCAAUGCCUCUUCGUGGGGUCCGGCGCCGGGGGCCCGGCCACCGGGGCCGCGGAUGCCGCCUGUGCGGAUCCCCACUGCCCGGCGACCCGCGGGGCCGCCCUCGAGCUCCCCUUCCCCAGCCAGUCGGUGCUGAAUGAGCGCAUUGCCGGCAUGGCCGGCGUGCCGGGGCUCAUCGGUGUGCCGGCCGACACGCGCCAUGCCCCGGGGGCCGGGACAUGCGCCUGCGCCGGGGCCCGGCCCGGGCCGCUGCUUCACCGGGCCCGCAUCAUGGACGAGGUGCAGCUGUCGCCGCCGCCGGCCGAGUCGGGCCCCGGCGGGGCGCUUGCCCUGCCGGCCGUUCGGCGCUUCACCCCGGCGGCCAGCUCCCUGUCGCAACUGCCACACGUGCCGCAUCCAGAUGCCGCGGCUGCCCGGAUGGCCGACACGGCUCCCGGCGACCCCCAGGCCCAGGGGCCCUUCCGUCUGGCACCGGGGCUCGAAUGGCCCGGGGCCCCGGGGCCGGCGGCCCCGAGCCCGGCCGGGCACUUCACCCUGGCCACACUCGGCACCGGUGCCUCGCAUCCCUCGAUCUAUCGCAACG